AUGGCUAGACAAAGAAGAUCCGCUCCUGUUAGAACCCAAACUAGAUCUGCACACACUGCUGCUGCUCCAGCAUCUUAUUCUAAUGCUGCUCAACAUCCUCCAGCACCAGCAGCUCAUCCCCAAGUCCAACAAAAGCAACCUGGUAUGUUUGCUCAAAUGGCCUCUACUGCCGCUGGUGUUGCUGUUGGUUCUGCUGUGGGUCACACCAUUGGUGCUGGGAUCACUUCAAUGUUUGGAGGCUCCUCUGCACCUGCUGCACCUGCUGAUCAACAAGUUGUUUCUGCUGCUGCACCUGCUCUGCAACAGUUUGAACAGGCUAAGCAAUGUGAUGCGGAUGCCAGAAACUUCACCAGAUGUUUGGAAGACAACGGUGGUAACAUGCAAAUCUGCGACUACUACUUACAACAAUUGAAGGCAUGUCAAGAAGCUUCUAGACAAUAUUAA